CCCUCACCAUCAUGGCCACCAUCGGCUCUGUCACUCGGCAAAUAGCUGCCCUCGAGAUCUCAUCGAAAGGCAAUACGCCACAACAACAACCCCAAGGGCAGAAACCAGCCACAUCGACACGACCCGGACAUGUCAAGCAACCCAGUCAGACGAACGUGGCCAAGCUCCUCAACAAGUUCGCCGCUCCUGCCCAGAACUCAAACUCAUCUCUCCAGAAGACCCAGUCCACCACUUCUCUGAAGCCUACUCUCAAGCCCGUGGGGUCGACUUCCUCGUUGAAGACGGCCACUGGCAGCGGCGCUACUACCACCGCUGCUAGUGGAAUGUCUAAGUCAGGGAUCAAGAAGCCGACAGCGACGUCGGGGGUGAAGAAAGCUGCAACCGUGGCUGAAGUUGCGGUGCCCACGCCUUCGCCACCCAAGACUCCGGCUCCGGGGGAGCUGGAUAUCGGACGAUACGAUGGAGGAUUUGAGAAGGAGAAUGAGACUCGGGGAGAGGCGGUUCAUGGGGAGGCAGCACAACAACUUGCUCUUGACUCGAGUAGUGCUCGGCAUCGUCCCACUCGGGAAUGGCAUCUCACCGACUUUGAUAUAGGUCGUCCUCUCGGUAAAGGCAAAUUCGGGCGUGUCUACAUGGUCCGCACGAAAUGCGCGCCUCGCUACAUCCUAGCUCUCAAAUGUCUCUAUAAAUCCGAGAUCGUCCAAUCCCGUGUCGAGAAGCAAAUUCGUCGCGAGAUUGAAAUCCAACAAAACCUUCGCCACCCACAUGUUCUCCGCCUCUACGGCUACUUCCACGACGAGAAGCGUAUCUUCCUCAUGCUCGAGUUCGCAGGAAAGGGGGAGCUGUACAAGCAGCUCGUCAAGUACGGCAGCUUCAGCGAGCGUCGCAGUUCGAAGUAUGUCGAUCAGAUGGCGGACGCAUUGAGUUAUCUGCACUCGAAGCACGUUAUUCAUCGGGAUAUCAAGCCGGAGAAUUUGUUGUUAGGGAUCAAGGGAGAGUUGAAGAUUGGGGACUUUGGAUGGAGCGUGCACGCGCCAGGGAAUAGGAGAACCACAUUGUGUGGGACGUUAGACUAUCUGCCGCCGGAGAUGGUGGAAGGCAAGACGCAUAGCGAGAAGGUCGACUACUGGGCUCUUGGUGUCCUCACCUAUGAGUUUAUCUGUGGGGCACCUCCUUUUGAAGACUUGAAUGGCCAGAAUGCGACCUAUAGGCGUAUCGCCAAAGUCGAUCUCAAGAUUCCACCUAAAGUCUCACCCGAGGCUCGACACCUAAUCACCUCUCUACUGCAAUAUGAGCCCGAGAAGCGGAUAGCCCUCUCGGAGGUCCGAAAACAUCCUUGGAUCGUCAAGUGGCGCGAGCCUACUGAGAGCGCUCCUCAAUAAUCACGGCCAGGUACUCGACCUGUAUAUCUUCACGGAGCGCUCGGGUCUCGACGAGACGAGGCUGUUUAUAGGAGUAGAUCUGAUCCUUAACUUGCGUUUGGGAACGUGGUCUGUGGCAUAAGAUGCAUGUUGCAGACCUGCGGGAGGGACAGCCGAAGCCAAGUCGCGGGGCAUCUUCUAGGGUAUUUGGUUUCGGAACGAUGGCAUUGCAUCCUCUUGCAUCUCGUCAUCCCCUGAGUUAUAGGCUUGGGCCUUCGUCAUUGCAUGGGCGGUGAUACACAUUUCAUUUCAGUUUUCACCUUCAUCCUCUCUCUCGCUCUCAACAUCUGUGUACAAUUUGUAUUUACUCGCAUUUG